UCAGCAGUUCCCCGGCGGAAGUCACUUUGUUGUGGUCUGUUCACCACACUACACUUCAGUGGUCCUUUCGAAAUGGCGGACGCCGAUUCUUGGGAUACCGACAGUUUUGAGCCAGAGGAACCCAUCAAGAAGGCGCCAGGUCAUGACAAGUGGGAAGGCGAGGAUGAGGAUGAAGACGUCAAAGAUAACUGGGAUGAUGAAGAGGAGGAAGAAGACAAAUUGACCGAGACAAAAACAGUUGCAGUCACAAAGCCACCAGAGAAGAAAAAACUUAGUGAUAAAAUCAAAGAGAAGGAGAGUUUACAAAAGAAAAAACAAGAGGAGUUUCAAAAGCAGCAGUUAGAGGAAUCUCAAGACAGCACAGAAUACCCACCUGAGGAGGAGCUGGCAGAAAAACUUAGACUGAAGAAGCUUCAGGAGGAUUCAGAUUUGGAACUAGCCAAAGAGGUAUUUGGUAUCGUAUCGAAUAACGUAACAGGAAUAGAUGCCAUGAGCCCUUCCUCCAAAGACGACUUUACAGAGUUUGAGCGGUUGCUGAAAGAGAAAAUAUCUCUGUACGAGAAGUCGAUACACUACUCCAGCUUCUUAGAGUCACUGUUUAGAGACCUGUGUCUUUCAUUGGAAGUCGAAGACUUAAAGAAAAUCAACAACUCGCUCACAGUGUUACUCAGCGAGAAGCAGAGGCAAGAAAAGCAAAAUAAAGGAAAGAAGAAAAAGAAAGGCGGUUUACCUGGAGGCGGUUUAAAAGCCAAGAUGAAAGAUGACUUUGGUGACUACGGCGAGUUUGACGGAGGUUAUGCACAAGACUUUGAGGAUUUCAUGUGACCCCUGCUUCGUAACCCAUGAUAUUCUUUGAGUGAUGAAUCAUACACCUCUACAGCGCAUGACCUCUCUCCCUACAGCCAGACCAACGUCCAGAAUCAAGCUAGAAACACUGAACCAUAUCCCAUGUAACACACUAGCCUAAGCUUAAGUGGUUUACUCUGAGAAAGACUUAAGUGAAGCAUCUUUCUCCGGCUUAUUUUGACUAUAAGUCAUUCUAGUGUUUGCUGUGGAAAAAAAAGGUCACAAUCAGGUAACGUCUUUUAAGUAAAAGUGUGAAAGUAAAAAGAGAAAACUGACCGACGUGGAGCAGACGCUUCACAUGAAAGUGUAUAAACGAGUUGACAGUAUUACUGUUUAAAAGAGCUACUUGACAUUAAAAUAAAUUUGACAUUCUAUGCAAAUUUCAGAAGAAAAAAAAAAUGUCUGUUAUGUAUUUUGAUCGCAUUUCUGCUGUCCUUGCAUAUGACAUUUAUACACAUUACUGGUCACUACUUUUGCUGAGUAAGACUACACAUGAAGUGAUCGCUCUUAAAAGCAGUACUGCUUUACAUUAAGUUUCCCUUAACUGACAUCAUUUAGUUUACCUGAACAGCAGAAUUAAUACAUAACAUUAACGGACGCGUGUAACAAACCUUUUUUUAACGAACUAACCAAACAAGCCAAAUACUCAACCUACAUUAACCAGUACCCCCCCCUCAACUCCAUAACAAAUCAAAAAUGUCUGACUGGUAAACUGGCAAAGCUGAGAAUGAAGGAACAUAGUUUAAAUUCAUUAUUGUUCAUUUCUGCUGACUUCGUUUUAGUCAUGGAUACAAUAAACAUCGGUCAGUGUCUGUAUACUGUAUUUAUCUAAGGAUUAUUACAUCAUUAAUACACGUAUUUAGUUCCUCUUGAGUAAUGUUCAUACGUAAUGUUCUUUCAAAUGAAGCUUAAUGUAAAGCAUUACCGUAGAAAACAGUCACAUUUAUGGAAGUUUUGUAAGCAGUUUCUUUUUUUUUAACUUCUAGGUGAUCAUGUUUAAAUCUGUGACGAUGACAUUGAGCCUAACGUGUUGAGUGUAGUGUAUCAACUCCGACAAAGCUUAUUUCUACCUGCACAGACAGAGCAGCUGAUGAUUGCCUUCCAUUGAUUCAGAACUAUGGAACUAUAUUCAAUCACUCGUUUAAAAUAAUGGUGUUUUGUUAAGGUGUGUAAAUUGUUUCAUUUACAGCGCUAAUUUUUGAAAGGUCAUGGUAUGUUUGCGGUUCUAACAUGUUCCUUUAUGCACAGUAUCACUAAACCAUGCAGGUGGGUAUUGUUACAAGAGAUUUUACGAUUAUUAUUAUGGUUACUUUAUAAACGAAGUGCGUACAAGACGUCUUCUGGUGGAACUUGGGAAUUUCCAUUUUUAAAGUGAAAGAUUUGCGUGACGAAAUUUUACUGUCUGCAUAACGAACGUUAGCCUUCUGCUGUGUUUUAUAGAGAUCUAAUUUAAUAAAAGUCUUCGAGAAAUAAA